AAAUCCGCACAUUUCUUGGUAAGGAAGGAGAGAGAAUUUCCCAUUAUCGUUCCAUAAAACCAAAGUAAUACUCCGUAGUUGAUUUGAUUUUCUAUUUCCUAAUUGAAUCUUUCGUCUUUCUACGUGUCGAGAGAGCCGAGCCCAGCAAUAGUACACAUGGUAGCAUUACGAUGGGUGAGAGAGAGGCUCAGGCUCAACUCCCCCCGACUUUGUUGUCUUCCAAAUUCCAAGCUCUCUUGAUGAAAUCCCAUUUCGUCGUCUAUGCCUCAUCUGCUUCUUCUUCAACCCAACGCCCCCAAAUAAAUUACUAGUGUACAUGUUCCCUUUGAGGAGGACAAAGAUUAAGCUACUCCCUAAGGCCUUCAUUUUCAUUUCAUCUUUCUCUUGAACCCACAUUCCUAUUUUUGUUCCUAAAACUGUUGUUUGAUUAGCUGAUCGGAGCCUUUCCAGAUUUAUAUAUUUGCAGGGAGAGCUUUGUAUUGGCUCUCUCUGCUCUAUAUCAUACCCUAGUCUGCCACUCUAUUUGUCGAACUAACUCAAUUUUUUUUGGCUGGUUUUUUGCUGAGCUUAUUAGAAGAUAGCUCUUUACUUCAUUAUCAUGGCAACUUCGAUGCAUUCUGUAUGUGGAGUUAAAACUCCUUUCCAGGCGUCCCCCUGGAGAUGCUCGCGCUUCCAACCACUUCUUCAGUCCCAGCAACGCUUUGAGUCUUCUGUCUCCUUGCUUUCUUUACCUGGGGGUUUUUCAUCCCUCAAGGUAUCAUAUCAGGAACGAGAUCUUAGAGUCCGAUGUCAAGGAGGAAAUCUCCACAUUCUUGAACGCGGCCAAACUGAGACCCAUGAUUUUGAAGAAUCAGCUAACGAAUUGACCUGUGUGAUGAAGUUUGGUGGAUCUUCAGUUGCCUCUGCUGAGAGGAUGAGAGAGGUUGCUGACCUCAUAUGCAGCUUCCCUGAAGAGAGGCCCAUCAUUGUUCUCUCUGCCAUGGGGAAGACAACUAACAAUCUUUUGCAGGCGGGAGAAAAGGCUGUAAGUUGUGGUGUUUCAAAUGUUAAUGAGCUUGAAGAGCUGGACAUUAUCAAGGAGUUGCAUUUGAGGACUGUGUGCGAGCUUGGACUUGAAAGCUCUAUCAUUUCAAAGCGCCUAGAUGAGUUAGAGCAACUCCUGAAGGGUAUUGCAAUGAUGAAAGAGUUGACUCUUCGCACUAGGGACUACUUGGUGUCAUUUGGAGAGUGCAUGUCCACGAGGAUUUUUGCUGCAUAUCUAAAUAGAAUUGGUGUGAAAGCUCGCCAAUAUGAUGCAUUUGAGAUUGGUUUUAUAACUACAGAUGAUUUUACCAAUGCGGAUAUAUUGGAAGCAACUUAUCCAGCUGUUGCAAAGAGAUUACAUGAUGACUGGAUCAGUGACCCAGCAAUUCCUAUCGUUACGGGCUUCCUUGGAAAGGGCUGGAGAACUUGUGCAGUCACAACAUUCGGCAGGGGCGGUAGUGAUUUGACUGCCACAACUAUCGGCAAAGCCUUGGGGUUGCGUGAAAUUCAGGUGUGGAAAGAUGUUGAUGGUGUUUUGACCUGUGAUCCUAACAUAUACUCCCGUGCAGAACCAGUACCCUUUUUAACUUUUGAAGAGGCUGCUGAGCUUGCAUAUUUUGGUGCACAGGUCCUCCAUCCGCAGUCUAUGAGGCCAGCUAGGGAAGCUGACAUACCUGUUAGAGUUAAAAACUCGUACAAUCCCAAGGCUCCUGGGACCCUGAUUACCAGAGCAAGAGACAUGAGUGAGGCUGUACUAACUAGCAUUGUCUUGAAACGUAAUGUUACCAUGUUGGACAUUGUUAGCACUCGCAUGCUUGGUCAGUUUGGUUUCCUUGCUAAGGUUUUCUCUAUCUUCGAAGAUUUGGGCAUAUCCGUUGAUGUUGUAGCCACUAGUGAAGUUAGUAUAUCCUUGACAUUGGAUCCGUCGAAGCUCUGGAGCAGAGAAUUAAUACAGCAGGAGUUGGAUCACGUCGUGGAGGAGCUUGAGAAAGUAGCAGUUGUGAAUCUCCUUCAGCGCAGAUCAAUCAUUUCUUUGAUUGGGAAUGUUCAGAGAUCCUCAUUAAUAUUAGAAAAGGCUUUCCACGUUCUUCGGACUAAUGGAGUGAAUGUUCAGAUGAUCUCUCAAGGUGCAUCUAAGGUGAACAUCUCAUUGAUAGUGAACGACAGUGAAGCAGAACAGUGUGUCAGGGCUCUUCACUCUGCGUUCUUUGAGAGCAAUCUUUCAGAUCUUUACUGGGGAAGCAGAUCAGGAAAUGGUUCGGUACCAACAGAGUCGAAUGGAUAUUGACGUAUGCUGCUUGUUGGGUGAAAUCCUAGUUGGCAUACCGGGAAUUCACCCCACCCACAUUUGUCUUCAGUCCUUUUGUCUGGUUUGUGGUCUGGUAUUGUACCGUAUAUUGAAAUAUCAAUUGAACUAUGUAAUUUGGUCCGCGCUGCACGGGAUGAGAUAUUAUUUAUGGUGCACAAGAUAAGAUAAAGAGAGGCGUAUGUUUUUGGGAGGAAUCCAGCCCCCCUUGAUGAGUUGUGGCAAAGAUUUGACAAAAGUGCGUGCGAAGGAAUGGUUGGUUUGUUGUAAUGAUCAUAUCAGGUCAUGAAAAGCAGCGGCAUUGCACUUUUUGAUCUCGUGCUGGUCUUUGGGGAAGUUUGAAAUUGUGGGCCGUGGGGAAUUGUUUUGCCUUGCGGCUCUUCAAAACGCUCCAUCACGGGCAUUUGAUCGACAUAGCUUUGGAGAACUAAUCUUGUUGUUGGGUCCAAGGGCGACCCGUUAACAUGUUCAAGCGUCAUCUCUACUAGCUGGGCUCUGUAAUCCGUUCCCAAGCAGUAGGAGAGUUAUUAGUGCUUGAGGCUCACUCAGUGCAUGUGUAACUGUGACUGAAUAACGGAAAAAAAAAUUGAUAAAAUUAUUUUUUGUUGGAAAUUGAAGUAUUAUGGGAAAAGUAAAUUAUAGUA